AUGGCCCCAGGACAGUCCAGGAGAGACUGGAGGAACCCCUGGAUUUCAGCAGGAGUGUUCCUGGACGGCGAGGCGGCCACUCAGGUGCUGAGUCGGCGGCGGCGAGCCAACAGCCCGUUUGAGGAGCUGCGGCAGGGCAACAUGGAGCGGGAGUGUGUGGAGGAACGCUGCGACCGCGAGGAGGCGCGAGAGAUCUUUGAGAACGAACAGUUAACUACUGAAUUCUGGAACAAAUACAUCGACGGGGAUGCCUGUGAGUCCAACCCCUGCGCUCAUGAUGGACUUUGUAAAGACGGGAUCGGCGGCUACACCUGCUUCUGCCAGACUGGCUACCAGGGCUUCAACUGCGAGAUUGUGAUUCCUGAGCUGUGUGAGAACAAGAACGGCGGCUGUGAACAUUUCUGCCAUGUGGUGCGAGGGAAUGUACACUGUUCCUGCGCCGACGGCUACUUCCUGAAGUCUGACGACAAAUCCUGCCACUCCAACGAAACCUACAGGUGUGGUGCCAUCGUGUCCAAAGGCACCCGCAGCACUUUCAGAUACGUGCGGCCAAAUGUGACAGAUGCAAACUCGACAGAUCAGAAGAACACGCUGGACUUCCCGGACUUCGAACUGCAGAACAUCACCUGGCAUUCGGAGCCAGAUUACCCAGCGGACGCCGUGGUGGAGGAGCACAUCACCGCCAGCAGGUCGGUAAUGACUCGCAUCGUCGACGGAGAGGAGUGUCCACCGGGAGAGUGUCCCUGGCAGGCUCUGCUGCUGAAUGAGGAACACAGAGGGUUCUGUGGAGGAACCAUCCUCAACCAAUACUUCAUCCUGAGUGCCGCCCACUGCAUGAACCAAUCACGCUACAUCUAUGUCAUCCUCGGUGAGUUUGACACUGAGGUGAAGGAAGGUCGGGAGUCCGUCCACAACGUGGAAACCGUCCUCAUACACAAACAAUACACACCGGUUACCUUCCACAACGACAUCGCACUCAUCAAACUGGCCACGCCCAUCAAGUUCUCUGAGUACAUCCUGCCUGCCUGCCUGCCGGAGCACAACUUUGCCGAAAAGGUUCUGAUGCGGCAGCCGCACGGGAUGGUCAGUGGUUUCGGGCGUCUUGGCGAGCGACGGCAGCCCUCCACGAUCCUGCAGCGUCUCGCCAUGCCGUACAUCGACCGGGCCGUCUGCAUCGAGUCCAGCGAGUUCCCCAUCACCAACCGGAUGUUCUGUGCCGGCUACGACAAGAUCAAAAAGGACGCGUGUCAGGGCGACAGCGGCGGGCCGCACGUUACGCAGUACCGUGACACCUUCUUCGUCACGGGCAUCGUGAGCUGGGGCGAGGGCUGCGCCCGCGAAGGCAAAUACGGCAUCUACACGCAGGUUUCCAAGUACAUCCCCUGGAUCCGCAACGGCAUGAGGCGGCUGAGGAGCAAAGCCAAGCCCGGGCGUGUCAGGAGAGACCACGCCCCCUUCCAAACGGUGUGGGCAUGAGCGUCGCGCCGUGCUACAGAACCGCCCAUCAGGCCGAAACAGAUGCUUGUAGUAGAAACCUGAGAAAUUAUUCAAGCUGGACAAAAAUAAAAAGUGAAAAGAAAAGUUUAUAACAUUAAACCUUUGGGAUUUGAUCCAUGUGUUGUCAUUUAUUUUUUAGCAUUGUGUUGCUGAAACUGGGAUUUUAUUUCUUCUUUUCACCAGAA